AUGGCAACGGCGGCAAUGGCUUCCCCUACCAUGUCCACCCUUCUUCUCUUCAUGAUGCUCUUCCUGCAUCUGUACAUCUCUCCGGCGACCGCCUUCUACCUCCCGGGGAGCUACCCGCACCGCUACCUCCCCGGCGAGGCCCUCGCCGCCAAGGUGAACUCCCUCACCUCGCCGUCUUCCAAGCUCCCUUUCCCCUACUACUCCCUCCCCUUCUGCGCGCCGCAAGGCGGCGUCAACCGCGCCGCCGAGAGCCUCGGCGAGCUCCUCCUCGGCGACCGCAUCGAGACGUCGCCCUACCGCUUCUCCAUGCUCACCAACAGCACCGCCGCCUUGUUCCUCUGCCGCACCGACCCGGUCUCCCCCGCCGCCGCCGACCUCAUCAGGUCCCGCAUCGACGACGCCUACCACGUUAACCUCCUCCUCGACACGCUCCCCGUGGUCCGGUAUGUGAAUAAUCCCAUCGCGCCGGAUGUGUUACUCCGGUCCACGGGUUUCCCGGUCGGCGUGCGCGCCGACGACGGGGAGUACUACGUCUACAACCACCUCAGGCUCACGGUUCUGGUCAACAAGCAGAAGAAUGCCACGGCCAGGGUGGAGGCCUUGAUGGCCACCGCCGAUGCGUCUGAACUCAUCGGCUUAUCCGGCGGCGGCGGCGGUGGUGGCGGCGCGUACACCGUCGUCGGGUUCGAGGUCGUGCCGUGCAGCGUGGAGCACGACGAGGCGGCCAUCAGCGACAAGAAGAUGUACGACGGCUUCUCGUCCAAGGCGGCCGCCGGGUGCGACCCUUCUGUGGUCGGCAUGCGCGUGCAGGCCAACAAGCCGCUGGCCUUCUCCUACGAGGUGUCCUUCGUGGAGAGCGCCGUGGAGUGGCCGUCGCGCUGGGACGCUUACCUCGAGAUGGGCGGCGCUCAGGUGCACUGGUUCUCCAUCCUCAACUCCAUCGUGGUGGUGGCGUUCCUGGCGGCCAUCGUGCUGGUCAUCCUGCUGCGCACCGUGCGGCGCGACCUGGAGCAGUACGAGGAGCUCGGCAGCGAGGCGGCGCCGCACGCCGACGACAUGGCCGGAUGGAAGCUCGUGGCUGGGAACGCGUUCCGGGAGCCCAGUCACCCGGUGCUCCUGUGCGUGAUGGUGGGCGACGGCGUGCGCAUCCUGGGCAUGGGCGUGGUCACCAUCCUCUUCGCGGCGCUCGGGUUCAUGUCGCCGGCGUCCCGGGGCGCGCUCGUCAGCGGCAUGCUCUGCCUGUACCUCGUCCUGGGCCUCGCCGCCGGGUACACCGCCGUGCGGCUCUGGAAGACGGUGCGGCACGGCGACAGCGCCGGGUGGAAGGCCGUGGCGUGGCGGGCCUCGUUCGUCUUCCCGGGCAUCGGGUUCUCCGUCUUCACCGCGCUCAACUGCGUGCUCUGGUACAACGGCAGCACGGGCGCCGUGCCGUUCGCGCUGUUCGUGGUGCUGAUCCUGCUCUGGUUCUUCGUGUCGGUGCCGCUCACCCUGGCCGGCGGCCUCCUGGCGUCGCGCGUGCGCGGCCACGUGGAGUACCCAGUGAAGACGAACAAGAUCGCGCGGCAGGUGCCGGCGGCGCAGUGCUCGCCGUGGGUUUUCGUCGCCGUGGCGGGGACGCUGCCGUUCGGGACGCUCUUCAUCGAGCUCUUCUUCAUCAUGUCGAGCCUGUGGCUGGGGCGGGUGUACUACGUGUUCGGGUUCCUGCUGGUGGUGCUGGGGCUGCUGGUGGCGGUGUGCGCCGAGGUGUCGGUGGUGCUCACGUACAUGGGGCUCUGCGUGGAGGACUGGCGGUGGUGGUGGCGCUCCUUCUUCGCCUCCGGCUCCGUGGCCGCGUACAUCCUAGGGUACGCCGUGUACUACCUGGUGUUCGACCUGCACAGCCUCAGCGGCCCCGUGUCAGCCGCGCUCUACGUCGGGUACUCGCUGCUCAUGGCGCUUGCCGUCAUGCUGGCCACCGGCGCCGUCGGGCUCGGCGCCUCCUUCUGCUUCGUCUACUACCUCUUCUCCACCGUCAAGCUCGACUGA